ACCAUGGAUGCUGUGGAACUUGCCAGAAAGCUACAGGAGGAGGCCACAUGCUCCAUCUGCCUGGACUAUUUCACUGACCCAGUGAUGACCUCUUGUGGUCAUAACUUCUGCCGCGAGUGCAUCCGGAUGACCUGGGAGAAGGCAAAAGGCAAGAAGGGGAAGAGAAGGCAGAAGGGGUCAUUUCCCUGCCCCGAGUGCAGGGAAAUGUCCCCCCAGAGAAACCUGCGGCCAAACCGCCUGCUGACCAAAGUGGCUGAGAUGGCGCGCCAGCACCCGGGGCUGCAGAGGCGGGACCUGUGCCCCGCACACCAGGAGCCCCUCAAGCUCUUCUGCCUGGAGGAGCAGACCCCUAUCUGCGUUGUCUGCAGGGAGGCCCGGGAGCACCAGUCGCACAGGGCGCUCCCAGUGGAUGAGGCCGUGCAGGAGUACAAGGUGAAGCUGGAGGAGGACAUGAAGUACUUCCGGGAGGAGAUAGAAAAGACAGAGAAGAUGCAAGCCAAGGAGGAGCAGAGCUUAGUAGAGUGGCAGGAUAAAGCAAAGGAGAGGAGAGAGCGCAUCCUGGUAGAGUUCCAGAAGGUGGUCCUCUUCCUGGUGGAGGAAGAGCGGAGGCUCCUGCAGACCUUGAAGAAGGAGGAGGAGGAGACAGUGAUGAAGCUGCAGGAUAGCAAAGCCUCGCUGGACAGACAGAACCACUCCCUGCACUCCCUGCUCCUGCAGCUGGAGGAUUGGAGCCGAGAGGACCCCAUCCAAAUGCUGCAGGACAUUAAGGAGGCCCUGCGCAGGGCCCAGGAUGUGAAGCUGCAGCCUCCAGAAGUGGUGCCCAUGGAGCUUAGGACCGUGUGCAGGGUCCCAGGCCUGGUGGAGACCCUGCAGAGAUUUCACGUGGAUGUGACUCUGGACCCAGACACGGCCAACCCGGAGCUGGUCCUGUGUGAGGACAGGCGGAGCGUGCAGAGAGGAGAGCAGCGGCAGGCCCUGCCCGACAGCCCUGAGCGUUUCGACCCCAGUCCCUGUGUGCUGGGCCAAGAGCGCUUCACCUCGGGCCGCCACUACUGGGAGGUGGAGGUUGGGGAUCGCAGCAGCUGGGCCCUGGGUGUCUGCCGAGAGAAUGUCAACCGGAAGGAGAAAGGGGAGCUGUCGGCUGCCUGUGGGUUCUGGAUCCUGGUGUUCCUUGGGAGCUAUUACACCUCCACAGAGCCCGCCUUCUCCCCUCUGCGGGAGCCUCCCAGACGUGUGGGCAUCUUUCUGGACUAUGAGGCUGGACACCUCUCGUUCUACAGUGUGACUGACGGGUCGCUGCUGUUCAUCUUCCCGGAGACGCCCUUCUCCGGCCCUCUGCGACCCCUCUUCUCACCUCUGUCAAGCAGCACAACCCCCAUGACCAUCUGCUGGCUAAAAGGUGGGCCCGGGGAUGCCCUAGCUCCCCAGUGACUCCAGAGAUUGGGGAGCCCCUUUGCCUGACUUCUGAGCCACACUAGGGCCCAAGGGCAGGGAGCAUGUCCAUGAACCACGAGGACACGGUCAGUGGAAGCCUGGGUUCUGGUUAAGGCUGGGCAGUGGAUGCCUGCGUGCCAGGGGCCAGUUCUGUGAACAGCCCUCACAGAGCUCUAAGCCCUAGGUACUAUUUCCUCUGGCUCAAAGGUCCAGGAAUAUCACAAGCCCUUCCAGCCCAGGCCGUCUGUCCUUGUAGCCCCGCCCCCCCCCAAAGCCCCAGGAACCCUGCCUCAGUGAGGAUGGUCAACAGCUCCACACCUACCAGCCUGUCUUAAACUUCAGCCCUGCUAAACACCGGUGGCUCACACCUGAGGAGGCUGAGAUCUGGGAUUGGGGUUCAAAGCCAGCCCAGGCUGUAAGUUCCU